AUGACCACCCUCAACGAUAACAACGUUCCUCCUUUCCUGUCAAUCCCUUCUUCUCUCCAACAAAGAGACACAACCAUUUCGACAGCAACAAAAGAGAUCACCCAGCUUACAUGUCAAUUCAUGGAGAAGCUCAAUGAGCGUUCGGCGGCAUUAGCGAAUGCAGCUCAAUUCCAACUUGCCUUGCGCGAUGCAGCCUACAUGCGAGUUCUCAACCCGACGUCUUCUCUUGGCUACUUGAAAGCUGGCACCAUUUAUCAGCAACAAGGACGGCAACAAAAAGCAGCAGCCAUCCUGCUACCUUUGGACCUUGUUACAUUGGAAAUAUUGCCUUUGGUGUUUCACGACUACAAGCUGCAAGACGAUGAACCAUGCCCUUAUCUUUAUGUAUCACGCACAUGGCGACAACGUAUCUUGCAAUGCAACAACUUGAGCUUCGAUACCUCUUGCAAUAAAGCCAUCAAUCAAUUUGAAUUCCGUGAGCUACGCAGAUUUUCAGCACAUGUCAAAACAUUGUUCAUCGAAGCACGCACAGCCCAUUGUACAGAUCUGGACCCUCUUUUCAACUUCGUGCGAGGCGAUUUCCGCAACCUCACCAACUUGUCCAUGUUAUACCACGGCGUUGACCAAAACGACAUUGGAUGUGCUCUUCAUACUGUUCGCAAAACUUUGACGCAUUUGGACCUUUGCAUAGCGUAUGCCCAUACACCUGGAGAUCAUUUGAAUCUUGCACUCCAUCUUUGCCCGAGCCUUGUAUCAUUCAAGCUUGCGACCUGGACCACCGUCAACCUCACAGUGGAACAUCCCAAGCUGACCCAUCUCACCUUGAGCAUUCAGGGUGGCCAACUAUCACAUGAUACGAUGACCAACAUACUCUCGCAUCUUCCGGCACUCGUGUUCUUUGAUGUAUCCAUCGUUCCAUACACCCAUUUUCUCAGCAACCUCACUGGAUAUUGCCCAAACAUCAAGCUACUGAAAUGCGGCGGGUGUCACACUUUCGAUGACGACAAAUAUGAUCGACAUGUUGGCGGGUUGCAGAAGCUAUCUUUUGGGUUCAGUGAUGCUUACAGGCUAUCGAAUGGUCUAUCGUUGUACAAUGCCGAUGCCCUCAUCUCAUUGUUACUUGAGAACAAACAUUCCCUGGAUCAUAUCAUAUUGGCGGGAAGAAUGACCGGCAAAAAUCUUACAUUGCAAGAACGAAGCUUGGAAUCAUCACUGGUAUUCAGCCGCUUGGAGGAACUUGAGAUCGAUGCUUUCAAUGAUGAACUCGCUACACUCGCCACCUCAAUCAUUCGGCGAUCACCAUAUCUUCAACGACUCACCAUUGGUGUUCAUGCAGCAGUUAACCAUGAUGAUCUAUCGAAUGCAAUGAAUGGAUUGAACAACUUGGGCAUGUUUUCAGCAAAAAAACUCACACCGGAUUCGACAUGGUUCUACAAUAGACUUCAACAUCAUGUACAGCGUGGCAAGGAUUCACCAUUAAAGGAGCUAAAGCUUGCCAUCGACACUCGUCUAUCGCCUUCAUCUUGGGAAUAUGUGGUUGGCGGAUUGCAAAGCGUACAGGAACUUGUGAUAUCGACAGCUUCAACCCCGACAAUUCCCUCAAACUUUUCCACUAUUGCGACGAUUAUCAAUGCAUGCAUUUCUCUAUCGUAUCUUGAGUUGGACUUUGGUUAUUAUUCAGCACCUGAAAGCUUCAUCUCGCGAAUCAAUGAUCAUCCUACGCUGCAACGUUUCAAGGUUCAUGCAUCAUCCAUUGCUGUCCAGGAUAUCGUUAAUAUCUCCUCGUUCACGAGCCUCAAACAUAUCAUCGUCAUCGCACGUGUCGAGGAGUAUCUCAUAACAUCAUUGCGGAAGCACAUACCACGAGUUGAUUACAGCCAUUACUAG